GUCCCUGUAUAUAUAUAUGAUGAUAUCAUGGGCAUUGCGAAGCAUAAAGCUCAUCAACUAUAUCCACAUAUUCAUCAUCGCACGUACACACUACUUAGCUAGUUCUCUGAAUUAAUUUCCCUAACCUUAAUUUCUUCCCAAUCCAUUGAGAAUAAAAAAGCACCUUCCAAUUAAAUACAAUAUGAAUGCUUCCAUUUCGGAGCUUGAAAGCACCUCAAACUCGUUAUCAUUUUCUUUCUCACCAUCACCGCCGCCGCCACAACCACUAAAACAAUCGUCUUCAACGAAAUUAAAGGGCAAAACGUACUCAAACAACAAGCACCCGGUGUACCGAGGGGUACGGAUGCGGAACUGGGGGAAAUGGGUGUCGGAAAUCCGGGAGCCGCGCAAGAAAUCGCGCAUAUGGCUGGGCACAUUUCCGACACCAGAGAUGGCGGCCAGGGCUCACGACGUGGCCGCACUAAGCAUCAAAGGAAAUUCCGCCAUUCUCAAUUUUCCUGACCUUGAAAACUGCCUUCCUCGCCCGGCAUCCUUGGCGCCUCGCGACGUCCAGGCUGCCGCGGCGAAGGCAGCUCACAUGGACAAGUUUGAGUUAUUAAUACCUUCUUCGUCCCCGUCCUCGUCCUCGUUGACUUUCGAGCUGACGGAGAUUAUUGAGCUUCCGAGGCUCGAAACCGGCGACGAGUACCGGAAGGAGUUUGUGUUUGUGGACUCCGAGGAUGCAUGGAUGUAUCAACCACCUCCAAUGCCGUGGUUGCUGUACGGACAAGAAGAAGAAGAAGAUGGUACUUCUUUCCGGAGUUUUUUUUCGGAUUACUAAGGCUCUGUUUGGAUUCACGUAACAUUCGUGAGUGAAAUGGAUCUGAAACCAGGGGAAUUAAUAUGAACUCUGUUAUUUGGAUAUGACGACGAGUUCACAUCUCAAAAACAAAAACUCAGAAUUUUAUAGAAUAAUGUGAUGGGAUUAGUCCAUUAUUAAUCUU